UUCCUUCUCCCUCCUUUUCCUUCAACAAUGGCUUCCUCUGAAACCUCAGAUUCCCUCCGAUCCACUCCCAGUAAGUGCGAGAAACUCCUGAAGUCACCUUCGAAAUCCUUCUCAUCGCCGUCAACGGAUUCGGAUUCUCUCCAAUCCACCCCUCGCAAGUCCAAGACUCCCCUGAAUCCAGCCUCAAAGCUUCAUUCUCCACCCCCACUCUCCAAAACCCCAGAUAAGCAGCCUCCGGCGUUCUCCAACCGUGCCCGAAACCGCGGCGUUGCACUCUCAACCAAGGAUAUUAGGAAGAUCGCCCAGAUCCGACCCACCAGGAAGCAGACCUCACCUUCGCCUUCCGAAUCUCUGGCCCCAAUAAUUUCCGACUGUGCCCCAACCCCGCCUCCCAAAAAAUCCGGCAAUGCUUCCAUCAAACUACCUCAAAGCCAUGAAAUGCUGUGUGAGUUCUUCAAUAGCUUGGAUUCUGCAAUUAGGUUGUCUAGAAUGAAGGGUUUGAUGUCUAAUUUCGCGACUAUUUCUCCGCAAGUUCAGCGUUUAACUGAUAGGAGGUUUUCCUGUGGUCACUUGGCCCAACUGAAGCAUAUUUUACCCGAGGCUAUAGAGAUAAAGCGGGUGCAAAUGUUUGAUGAGAGAACUAGCUGUAUGAAGCCAGAUCUUCACAUUACCAUUAACCCUGAUGCUAUUGAAUUUGAGGCUAAGUCAAAAUCAGAGAGCAAGAAUCCGAAUCUGAGGAAGAUUUUUCGCACUCGAAUUGAGGAUUUUUACAAGGCACAUCCGCAGGGUGAAGAAAUUCCAAAGGAAGAUCUUCCAGAGCCAUUUAGCCAUUCAAAACAGACUCUUGAUUUGAAUGUGAACAAAGCUUCCAGUUCAUCUACCAGUGUUUUGGCCACUUUCACACUCACAGAUAGGCAACAAACGUUUUCAACAGAAGGUGAUGCAGAUGAAGAUGAAAUAGAGCCACAUCCUUCUAACCAUUUAGCCAUACAAACGACCAAAACUAGCAGCUUGUCACUUGCCAUUAAGAAAUCCACUGAUGCAGAUAAUGGGCAGCCAUCAGUGGCAGCAUCUCAUAUCUCUCAAUCUUUCAGGAAACACUUUUCUCAGAAGGUUAGAGGCAAGGAAGGGUGUUUUUCCCUUCAACCUUCCUCUCCUCGAGAUGCUGAGCCAUGUUGUGAGAAGAUUUCCUCCAACAAGGAAACUAGCUCUGCUUCUGAACCAUCCACAAUUAAAUUAUCAUCUAAAGCAACCAACAGUGAGAAUCCAACUCAUUUAACUCUGAAUCACCCACUUUCAACUCCGGUAAAGGGGAUAGAACUCAUUAAAGGUGAAGAUGGUUCCCCCUCAGAAGUUGGUACCAUUCAGUCAACUCCAGCAAAACCUGCUUCAACUCCAGCUGGGCCAAACACUGCUACACCAGGAUUACAGCCACCAAAGAGAUGUUACAUGAGCCCAGAUGAUGUCUCUACAGCUUUGCCAAACAAGUUAGUCAGGCGACCUCCUCCUUCCAGGUCAUUGAAAUUUGACACUCCUGUGAAGAAUAAGGUUGACAAAGUCCAUGAGCUGGUAGAUGACUCAAUUGAUGAUGAUGUUCAUAGUAUUCUUCCUGUGAGUCUUCUGCAAUCGAUAAGGGAGAAGGAGAGGAAGGCUAUGGAGGAGCGAGAUCCAGCGAUCUCACAAGCAAAGAGGCGGAGACAGAUGAUUGCUAGCCUUCCUAAGCUCUUCAACAUGAUUCAUUAUUUAUUUCAAUCGAUACAACGGUCAGUCAUCACAAAAGAGGAGCUUGUAAACAAGAUAACUACAGGCCAUUCAGCUAUUGUUGAUAAAAUUGAAGUUGAAGAACAGCUUGAGUUGCUACUAGAAUUAGUUCCAGAAUGGAUAUCUGAAAAGUUGGCUUCAUCCGGAGAUUUGCUCGUUUGUAUCAAUAAGAUGUCAAGUCCUGAGUCCAUACGCCUGAAGCUUCAAGAAGCAAACUAAACUGAGGCAGGUAGGGGUCAUCGGCGGGAUAAGGCUGAGCAUGUCAAUCAAGUAACAGUGCAGAAGCAUAACUGUGUUAAGUUGCUGGAUGUUUGGCUGUGUCUUUUCUGGGUUUAUUUCUUAAAAAGAAGUACCCGAAAAAUGUGGCUGUGUGUAUUUUCAGGUCUUAAACCACAGAUGCAACACCAUACUUUUGAUUUUAGCAAGUGAUGUGGAAUACAUUUUGUUGUGCUUCUGGAUUAUCCACAUCACACUAGACUUAUCUCGAUCAUCCAUGGUUGAUCUCUUUCACUAAAUCUAUAUAUAUGCA